AUGGGCUCAACCUAUUCCACCCCGGAGCCAGUCAUGGAGAAGGCCCCUCUGGCCAAGAGAGACAAGGCCAGGACAAGCAUCGAGCCGGAUUGGAGUACUCGUGACACUCGUCUGUCUGAUCCCGACAACCCAACGAAUCCGGUCCCUGAAUCUCCCUCGCCUGAAAGACUGGAGCGAGACUCUGAUGAGCGAUGCCAAGGUGUGAACCACAGAUCCACGGCGUGUUCGAUGCUAAUCUCAAGUCCCACCGGCCGAUCGCGACAGAACCGCCUCGCCAUUUCCACUUUUGCCGGCCAGCCCUAUGAACAAGCCCUCGCCGAUCGCCGGGCUCUCCAAUCCGAUCUGCACGUCUUCAACCUGACCGUGCCAGUGGAAGGCGCGCCGAUUACGAACCAACGCUCUUCUGGACGCUGCUGGCUCUUUGCCGCGACCAAUGUCUUCCGUGUGCCGCUGAUGAAAGCGUACCAGCUUCGUGAAUUCGAACUUAGCCAGGCCUAUCUCUUCUACUGGGAUAAAAUCGAGAAGGCCAAUUGGUUCUUCGAGCAGAUCAUCGCCACUGCCGAUGAAGAUCUCUCCAGCCGUUUGGUCCAGAAACUCUGUGAAGAUCCGGUCACCGACGGCGGUCAGUGGGAUAUGGUCGCUAAUCUAGUGCAUAAGUACGGGCUGGUUCCCCAUGCGCUUUAUCCCGAUGCUUUCCAUGCCCAGAACAGCUCCAGAAUGAAUUGGCUGCUCACUGCCAAGCUGCGUGAGCAGGCCUUGAUUCUCCGUAAACUGGCCGCGGAUAAGAGAGACGGCCAGGCCUCCCAUGUACUGGCCGUUCGCAAGGAGCACUUCCUGCAGGAAAUUCACUCACUUGUCACUCUCCUGCUGGGCCCUCCGCCGAGCCCAGACAAGCCGUUUGUAUGGCAAUACUACGACGCCAAUGGAGCCGCUCGUGAGGUGCGACAGACCCCGCUGGAGUUUGGUCAACAGGCGAUUCGGUCUCAGACACGAGCACUAUCACGCAACAGCCCUGCUGUUUCUCCGGGGCGGCUUUUCAGUUUGGUCCACGAUCCGCGGAAUGAACGAAACCGGUUGCUAACGGUCGACAAACUCGGUAACGUACUGGAAGGACGACCGCUCACGUACGUCAACGUGGAGAUGCAGACACUCAAGAAGGCGGUCAUUGCGAUGCUCAAGGCCGGACAUCCAGUCUUCUUUGGCUGUGACGUGGGCAAGUUCUCCGAUAAGAACCUUGGAGUCAUGGAUGCCGACCUCACCGACCUCACGCUCGGCUUCAAUGUCUCACUCGGGAUGAACAAGGCCGAGCGGCUCGCCAGUGGAGAGUCCUCGAUGACCCAUGCGAUGGUCAUCACGGCGGUGCAUCUCCUCGACAAUGACGAGCCGGUCCGAUGGCGGGUGGAAAACUCGUGGGGUGAGGGAGUCGGAGAGAAAGGCUGGUUUGUGAUGACCGACCGAUGGAUGGACGAGUAUACCUUUCAAGCUGUGGUCGACUCCAACUUUGUUUCGUCCGACGUACGCUCCAUCCUCGAGCAGACACCUAAAGUCUUGCCCCGAUGGGAUCCCUUGGGGGUGCUCGCCUGA